UCACUAAGAAAGAGUCGUUUACAAUUAUACUACUAAAAAAACUUCGCUUGUUUUAAAGACAAGUUAAUGUUUAAUAAUCACUCAAUAAACAGGCGAGCACCGCCGUGUGCUUUUCGAAAGCUAUCAACUCCGAUCAGCUGUUUCUGAGCACCGUUUACAGCGAAUGUUUGUGCAAUACGUGGAAAAUGAGCAUCCUGUCUGCUAAUUCAGGCUAACAGCUUUCUUCUGAGGAAGUUAACAAAGGGAAGCUUGGUUCUUUAUGGGAGAGUUGUCUUUACGAGUGUAGCUCCAAAUCUGACUGUACAUGUCCAGGCGUGCCUUGUUGUUAUGCGUUUGACAUGCAAUUGACCCUGACUCUCUUCGGAACUCAGAUAAUUUCUUUUUUUUAUAUAAGACAUUAAUUAAUUGCGUUGCGCGAUGGCCGAAGAGGAGCAACCACCAGGUAAGUUUCUAGCAGACUUUGGUGAUGCGGUGAUGGAGAUGUAUCGCAAACGAAAUAUGUUCUACCAGCAGAAUCCAAGUGCGUGUGAAGCGGACCUUGAGAAGAUGCUUGAUGCAGAAAUUAAACGAAUUCUUGAACAGUUCGAGCCAAAACUAACCUCACUCAAAGGGACGGAUAAAUCGGUAGCGUUUAUGCUUGUCGGAAGAGUUCACAACGUGCGAAGUACCCAUUCAAAAUUGGCCGAGGAAUUUCUCUACAAGGCUGUAAAAAUGAACCCAAUGCUUUCGGACGCGUGGAAUGAGUUAGGCGAGUGUUACUACAAAGGUGGCCAGGCAGACAAGGCGCUCAACUGCUUCCAGUGUGUGCUAAAACACGUCCAGGACAAGAAAGCUCUUCGGAACCUAUCGAUUAUUUUACGAAGUCAGGAUCGUCUAACGGCGUCAAGUCUUCAGGAUAGUGUUCAACGGUCCCGAGAAGCUCUUCAGCUUGAUUUCGAUGAUGGUGCAUCAUGGUAUAAUUUGGGAAAUGCCUAUCUGACAACUUUCUUUCAUCGCGGACAACAGGAAAAAGAUCUUCUUCAGGCACUUAGCUGCUACAAAAAAGCACUUCAUGACGAAGAUCAGAAAAGUAACCCCGAUUUACAUUAUAGCCUUGCGGAGGCAUCCAGAUAUACUGAAAAUUUUCAGACAGCUUUAGAUAGUUACGUUGCAUCACAUCGUUUCAACCCGUCGUGGACUGUCCCACUCGACAAAGCAGACAACCUCGAAAUGUACUUAAAGGAACUGGAUGAAGCUGUCCGCUCAAAAGGCAAGAUGAGGCCACGAAAGCUUGAGCAGCUCGUAAAGAACGUAAAGCCUCAUCAUGAUAAAGCUUUUGGGGGAUCUGUGAAGAAAAGCUUAGCCGAACUGACGUCCAGUGAUGAGCGUGUUGGUGUGGCUGGUACCGCAGAACGACCAAACGUUUACGUCCUACUUAAAGUGGUUGCCACGCUUAGUAGCCGCGCACUGGCAUUUACUUGUUGUGCCGUCGAUGAACACCUAGAGUGUGUAGCGGUGAGCGUGUUCAAUUUUGACGAAGGCCGGGCGAUGGCUGUAGGCGAUACCUUGGCCAUUGCGCGACCGGUACUUCGCGCUCACAAUGUCACUUUGCGUGGGGGUGCCCGAGCAUCAUUUCGUCUGCUUCGUGUCACCGAUCCUCGAACCCUAGCCGUCAACGGAAGGCCAAUUCCGAAUGAAUGGUUAGCGCCUGUCAUACUUAAAAGCGAACUUUACAAUUCCUAACCCAGUUAAUUGACACUCUAAGCAAUCAGGCUUGAAGUUCCGGAAUGGCCGUGUUUUUUAAACUUGUCUCGUGUCUUUUAAACUUCUGUAUAUGCUAUAAAUGUUCAAAUUGGUUUUUACUAAGAUGUCUGUACUAAAAAUAGUAUAGAAAAAUUUAUUGGGCUUGUCUGCACGAUCUUGAUUGCUAGCCGUGUAGCGAUAGGCAAAAUGAAUGAAUCAUCUACAUAAAACCUAUCAUCUGCGAGUCUAGUAAUGUAUAUACACGGAUCCACCUGUAGUUGACAAGCUGCACACAUUUUGCUAAUUUUUUAUCGGACUCGAAUGUGUCUACAGAAAGCUCUUCGGAACCUAUCAAUCAUUUUACAAAGUCAGAAUCGCCUAAUGUCAUCAAGCCUUCAAAAUGGUUCUCGACGAUCCUGAGAAGCUUCUCAGGUUAGUUUCGAUAAUAGUGCAUCGUGUUAUAAUUUAAGAAACGCGUAUUUGACGACAUUAUUGUAUCGUGGAAAAUAUGAGAAAGAUCCCUUUCAAGACUUCAGUUUCUACCGAAAAGCACUUCGUGAUUAAGAUCAGAAAAAUAAUCCCGAUCUACAUUAUAGCCUGGCGGAAGCUGCCAGAUAGAGACUGAAAAUUUUUAGACAGCCUUGGAUAAUAACGUUGCAUCACAUCGUUUUAACCUGGCGUGAAUUGUCCCACUUGACAAAGCAUACAACCUUCAAACGUACGCAAAGGAACUGGAUGAAGUCGUCUGUUCGAAAGGCAAGAUGAGACCACGAAAGCUUGAGCAGCUCGUAAGGAACGUAAAGCAUCAUGAUGAUAAAGCUUUUGGGGGAUCCGUGAAGAAAAGUUUAGCCGAACAGACGUCCAGUGAUGAGCGUGUUAGUUCGGCUGGUGCCGCUGAACGGCCCAACGUUUACGUUACUUAAAGUGGUGGCCACACUUACUAGUCGCGCACUGGCAUUUACUUGUUGUGCCGUCGAUGAACACUUGGAGUGUGUAGCAGUGAGCGUGUUCAGUUUUGAUGAAGGCCGGCCGAUGGGUGUAGGCAAUAUGUUGGUCAUUGCGCGAUUAGUACUUCGCGCUCACAAUGUCACUUUGCAUAGAGGUGUCCGAGCACUAUGUCGUAUGCUUCGUGUCACCGAUCCUCGAACCCUAGCCGUUAACGGAAAGCACAUUCCGAACGAAUGGUUAGCGUCUGUCAUACUUAAGGGCGAACUGUACAAUUCCUAACUCAGCUAAUUAAUAAUCUAGGAAAUCAGGUGUAACGUUCCAAAACGACCCUUUUUAAACUUGCCUCGAAUAUUUUAAACUUCAAACUAAAAAUUAAAUAUGCUAUAAAUGUUCAAACUAAGAUGCAUAAACCAAAAAUAGAAUUGAAAAGUUCAUUGGGCUUGUCCGCAUGGUCGUUAUUGCUGGUUAUGCAGCGGCAGGCAAAACGAAUGGGUCGUCUGCAUAAAACUCAACAUCUGCGAGUUUAGUAAUAAAUAUUAGAUGGGUCCAUCUGCUGUGAAGGGGCUGCAUAUAUUUUUCACCGGACUAUAGAUUCCCAACAGAAUAUUGAUUCUGUGGACUCGAACAUUCUAUACUUUCGUCUAUUUUGUACGGUACUGACUGUAAACAUCAUCAAUAUGUAGAAUACUUAUCAAUUCGGAUGAAAAUUGCGCAGUUUUGUUUGUAUUGAUGUCCCUGAUUCAUAUCUAUUAAGUAAUUAAAUUUUCUAAAGACCAGAUGAACUUUUGUUUCCAUUUUACAUUCAUGUACCGUCUCAAUGUGGCACUUGUUGGACUUCUGUAUUCGCAUACAAACAGAGUUAUCUCGUAUUAGGGUAGUCAAUUCUCCAUACCGUGCUUAAAAGAUCAAAUAAAAGACAGCAGCAAUGGCGGCAGACUGAGACGAAGACGGAGUAUCAUAAGUAAAGAAAAUAGGCAGCCCGAAUUUCUUCAAUGCAGGAUCAAAAGUCUCAUAAUGAUGUCUUUUAUAUAAUCUAUGCCAUUCGGGAACCAAGGCUAGCUUUUGCGACAUCCCUAUAUUCAGAGCAGAGUCGACUACUUUAAGCCACCGUAUAGUUUUAUAAAUGUUCGCAUCUUUAUAUUUCAGUAUGGAGCGACCAAUUACACCUAGAAUCAACCAUUAAUGGAGAUAAGUUUGAUUAAAUAAAACGUGUUUAUAUAGGAAAUAAUAGAACCACGUUUUUAAAAAAAAAACCAUAACGAGCGUACUAAUAGAGUACGGAAAAUGUUCAUGCUAAUUGAUUUGAUAAAAUUAUUUUUUCUUAUACGUUUGAGAUAUACA